AUGGUACUUGUAAGUGUGAAACCAAAGGACGUUGAAACCGAUAACGCUCUGCUUAGAGCAUUCCUAUUUUCUCUUGUGGAUAUGUCCAAGGAGUGGUUUUAUAGUCUCCCAGCAGGUAGUAUUACUACAUGGACCGGUAUGAAGAAAUAUUUUCUUGAGAAGUACUUUCCCGCAUCCAAGGUAGCAAAAAUCAGAAAAGAGAUAUGUGGCAUUGUUCAAAAGGCAGGUGAGACUUUGUAUGAGUAUUGGGAGCGAUACAAGAGAUUAUGUCAAAGUUGUCCACAUCACCAAAUCACGGAGCAACUUAUCAUCCCAUAUUUCUAUGAAGGACUUUUAUUAAAUGAUAGGACAAUGAUUGAUGCUGCAAGUGGUGGAACUUUAGUUGACAAGACACCCGCACAAGCAAGAGCUUUGAUUAAGAAUAUGGCAUCCAAUUCGCAACAAUUUUCCUCCCGAGAAGAAACACUUGUAAAGAAGGUUAAUGAGGUUGGUGAAGCUUCUCAUAUGGAACAAAGGAUGUGUAAUAUGGAGAGGAUGAUGCAACAAAUUUCUGCAGUGAUUGUUUCAUCAUAUGAAGGCAAUAUGGAGCACGCAAAUGCCAUGUUCCAAAAUCAUCAAAGGCCAAGGUAUGAUCCGUACUCCAACACAUACAAUCCGGGUUGGCGAGAUCAUCCAAAUUUCAGUUACGCCAACAAGCAAGCUGCAACAAAUCCUAUUUUCAAUCAACAAGGUGGCUACCAAUUCAUGCAAAGACCACAACAAGAAACUCAAGUCACAAGUGUGGAUGAGAAAUUCACUCUUAUGAUGCAAGGGAUGCAAGAGAUUUCGAAGUCAGUGCAAGGGUUCAACCAAUUCCAGCAGAAAUACGAGAUGGCUAUGAGAGAUGUGCAAAACCAAGUUAAUGAGCUUAUAUUUUUGGUGGACUUCUAUGUUCUUGAUAUGAAUGAUGAAAAUUUAUCCUCGUCUACACCUUUGUUGUUGGGUAGACCGUUUAUGAGAACUUCUAGAACUAAGAUUGAUGUCUACGAAGGCACUUUGACAAUGGAAUUUGAUGGGGAGGUCGUACGCUUCAACAUCUUUGAGAUGGGGUUUGGGGUGAUGUUUCAAGAGCUGAGAGAAGCUAAGAAAGUAGGGAGGAAACCACCAGUUCUGUGCCAAUUUUGUGCAGCUUUGAGCCAUGGCUCUGUAGGAAGUGAAGGAGGUGCAUCUGGCAGUUGUUUGAAUUGCAACUGA